AUGACCGUCGCCGGUGAUCUGACGCACCGCGGCCAACCUCACGGCCAGAUGGCCCUCGAGGACCGCUUCGAGGUCCUCAAGGAGAUUGGCGACGGAAGCUUCGGCAGCGUCGUUCUCGCCCGCGUCAGGACGGCCGGCGCCAACGUCGCCCGUCGCGGUUCCGUGGUGGCCAUCAAGUCGAUGAAGAAGACGUUCGACUCGCUCGCGCCCUGCCUUGAGCUGCGGGAGGUCGUCUUCCUCCGCACGCUCCCCAACCACCCGCACCUCGUUCCCGCCCUGGACAUAUUCCUCGACCCCUUCAGCAAGAAGCUGCACAUCGCCAUGGAGUACAUGGAGGGCAAUCUCUACCAGCUGAUGAAGUCGAGGGAUCACAAGUGCCUCGACAACACGAGCGUCAAGAGCAUCCUCUUCCAGAUCAUGCACGGCCUCGAGCACAUCCACCAGCACCACUUUUUCCACCGCGACAUCAAGCCCGAAAACAUCCUCGUCUCCACGUCGUCGCACCAGGAGUCGUCCAACUCCUUCCGCCGCUACUCGGCCCUCGUCACCCCCCCCUCGACGCCGCCCACCUACACGGUGAAGCUGGCCGACUUUGGCCUCGCGCGCGAGACGCACUCGAAGCUGCCCUACACGACGUACGUGUCCACGAGGUGGUACCGGGCACCCGAGGUGCUGCUGCGGGCCGGCGAGUACUCGGCCCCCGUCGACAUCUGGGCCGUCGGCGCUAUGGCCGUCGAGAUCGCCACGCUCAAGCCGCUCUUCCCCGGCGGCAACGAGGUCGACCAGGUGUGGAGGGUCUGCGAGAUCAUGGGAAGCCCCGGCAACUGGUACAACAAGGCCGGCCUCCGCGUCGGCGGCGGCGACUGGCGGGAGGGCACCAGGCUGGCCGGGAAGCUGGGCUUCUCCUUUCCCAAGAUGGCGCCGCACGCCAUGGACACCAUCCUCCAGGCCCCUCAGUGGCCGUCGUCGCUGAGCAACUUUGUGACGUGGUGCCUCAUGUGGGACCCGAAAUGCCGCCCCUCGUCGACGCAGGCCCUCAUGCACGACUACUUUCACGACGCCGUCGAUCCCCUGCGACCCCGCUCGUCGACUUCCAAGGUGCUCGGGAGGAAGCCGUCGGACAUCAGCCGCGGCUCCAAGGAUGGCGUCCCCGCCCAGGCCUCGAAGCCGUCGUGGUUCCGCAAGUCUCUCAUCGGCCGCGCCGAGCCGUCCGAGUACGCCGCCGUCCAGGUCCAGGUCAAAGAGCCGCCGGCGCAGAGGCCUCCUCCCGUGCAUGCGACGGCGGCGGCGGCGUCGGAAUUGUCGAGCGGAAAGCUACGCCCCGGCGCCGGUAAGCGCAGCACCUGGACCAACGGGCUCUCCAACGUGGCGCCGAUGCCCAUCCUGCCCACCAUACGACCCAUCUCGCCGCUCUCGGAUGCCGUGACGGCGCGUGCCAACCACGGGCAGCAGCCCGACGGCCACGCGAGCGGGCGCGAGCAGGACAAGUCCAAGGUCGGCCGGCAGCUGUCGGUGACGUCGAGCAUCAACAACAACAACAACACCGAGUUGCACCGUCAGCAGGCUGAGCGUGCUCUCAACGGCAACACCGGACUGGUCUCGCCGCCGAGCGGCCAGAAGGAGAGCUUCUUCUCGCACCUGCGAAAGCGCGCGAGGCGCUUCUCGGGCCGUCACCAGACGCCCGUCUCGCCCUCGUACGAGGACAUGGAGGCGCAGGUCGGCUGCGGGCCGUGGGCGAGCAACCGGUCGUCCAUGGUGGCCGACCAGCAGCACGGUCCCGUCAAGGCCGACGUCUACGAAUCCCUCGACAAGGCGCUGCGCGACGUCCAGGGCAACGCCGACGCGCGCUCGCCCUUGCCGCCGACGCAUCAGUACAACUCGCCCAGCAGCAAGCUGAAGCGCCACCACUCGCUGCCGCAGCAGCAGGCCCGCUCGGUCGACAACCUCAUCGGCGCGGCCCGCGCGGGGCCCAUCUCGAGCCGCACGCGCCGAGCCCAAGCCGCGCACGGCGUGCACCAGUACGACACGCCGGCCGAGGAGGACGAGCUCCUCGACGAGGUCUUGUCGUCGACGCGGCGAGCCGUCAACGGCCUGGACAAGAACGGCAAGCCGCUGAGGCAGUCGGCGAGCAACCUCGGGCUCGCGACGCCGCACCCCUACCCGAGCCCGGCGCCGUCGGCCAACGGCAACCAGGUGCUGUACGGGGACGGGCACGAGGCCCUCGCGCCGAGGCCGUUGGACCUCCACAGGAAGCCCGAGAACCAGUACAAGUGGCCGACGCCGCCCUACGAGGGCAGCGAAUGGGGUGCAUCCGCCUCGGCGAGCAUAUGGGCUGCCGGGAACCGAUUCUGA